GCGCCAGGAGCUCUUCACCGUCGCCGCCAAGGCCCUCUGCGAUCCCCAGAGCGGUGUCUUCCGCCACUUCUCCUCCAAGCUGGUCUGGUUCCCCACGCAGGCGUCAAGCCACGGCGACACCUUUCUGCUGGCUGGCACCCUCUUGGGAAUGGCCAUAUAUAACCAUUGCCAUACUCCCUUCCCCUUCCCCAGGGCUCUCUUCAAGAAGAUGCGGGAUGUAGAACCGACCCUGGAGGACCUGGAGGAGCUGAUGCCAGCAGUCGGCAGGAACCUUAAGAAUAUUUUGAAGGAAGAAUCUGAGCAUAAGCUUGAAAGCCUACAGAUGACUUUCGUGCUAAUGGAAGAAGGAGGUUCUGUGGUAGAGCUUAAAGAAAAUGGUGCCAACAUUCUUGUCACUAUGCAUAACAGGAAGGAAUUUGUUGACUUGUAUGUGAAUUACAUGUUGAAUGAAUCAGUACAGAAGCCAUUUGAAGACUUCAUGCGAGGUUUUUCAAGAGGCUGCCCAGCUGAAAGCUGGAAGAUGUUUCUCCCUGUUGAGCUCUCGAUUCUUCUCCUGGGACACACAAAUUAUGACUGGCAUCUGCUGAAGAAGAAUGCAAAAUACGUGUACUACAAACAGUCACAUCAAACCAUCAUGAAUUUUUGGACUGUGUUUCACAAGCUCCCAGAAGAAAAAAAGAAAAAGUUUCUUGCUUUUAUAUCAGGAUCUGAUCGAAUCGUUCCUUAUGGACUAGAGUAUUUUGUAUUUUUUAUUGAAGACCCUCUGUGUGAAAAUCCAGAUAAUUCAUAUCCUUCUGCCCGUACCUGCAACUACACUCUCUUUCUCCCCAAGUACAGCAGUAAAGAAAUACUUGAGGAAAAAUUACUCUUUGCCAUAGAGUAUAAUGAAGGUUUUGGCUUGAGUUAACUCUUGCUCAGGAGCAUGUUAAAGCACAAACAAGAAAACAAGUGGUUGUUUCACUUGUAAAAUUUUUCCUGAUUUGUUCUGGUGUAGUGAUUUCUAUUCUGCCUUAUUUUUACUGCACUUUAUAAAAACACUUGAGUAUUCAACUGAGAAUGUUUAUUGAUUGCAAGAAGCAACUCAGUAACCAAUUAUAUUUACAUAGAUGCUCAUCCUGUACUUUAGUGGUCUUAUUUAGCUGAUGAGCUUUCAACAGUAAGGUUUCUGUUAUUUGUAUGUUACCAAACACACAAUCAGCGUAUGCUAAGCAGUAAUCACUGCAAGAGGGAGCUAGAGUAACAUUUUCAUCUGUAUUAGUUUAGGAUUCUUCUGGAGAAUAAUCCAACUCUAAGGAACCAUGUUCCUUCAAACUUUGAAUUGAGGAGCAGCCUGUACUUACCUGAAUACGGCCUUUGAGUUAUCUGAGAGAAGUUCUAGGAUGAGGACUUGAUCAUUCCUAGAGUUUGUCAGGACAAAUCUAUAUUUGUAAUGGAUGUUUUAUUAGUCAGUGUGAUAAUAUUUGUUGUGCUGAUUUGCAUCUUCUAAGGAGUUGGUUGGUAAUUAAUAAACCAGAAUUUUAGGCCUGCAAAACAGCUCUGACUACAGAACCUUGUGAAUAUGAGGCUUGUGAGGCUGCUGGAAGCUCACUGCCAAAACUGACACUUAGCAACAGCAGGCAAGAUGUAAAGGCAGGAGGUUUAUUUUUUUCUGUAUGUUUUAAUUUAUGUAAAAAAUAUAUAUUUAUUUAGAGAAAAUGGUUGUGAUUUUUCAGCAGUCCUCUUUCAUUUCUUAUAGUCAGUGGUCAUACAUGUGUAACGAAGGCUUUUACUGUGCUAAAUUGAUUGAUUAAAUUUCUACACUCGUG